CCUCCACCCACCCACCGCCAUGGCGCCGCUCCACCGCCACCUCCUCGCCGGCGUCGCUGGCCUCCUCCUCCUCCUGCUCCUGCUGCCGCGUCUCCAGGCGUCCGUCGCCGCGCCGUCGGACGCGGGCGCGCUCCUGGCCGCCAAGGCCGCGCUCUCCGACCCAGCCGGGGCGCUCUCCGGCUGGCGGGCGCGCUCCGGCGGGUGCCUCUGCCUCUGGCCGCACGUGGCGUGCGCCGCGCGGAACGGCUCUGCCGCCGGCGACGUCGAGGGGCUGUACCUUGGUGGGCUCUACCUCGCCGGCGGAUUCCCCGUCGCGCUCUGCUCGCUGGGGGCGCUGCGGCACCUCGACCUGUCGUCGAACGACCUCGCGGGCCCGCUGCCGCCCUGCCUCGCCGCGCUCCCGGCGCUCGAGACGCUCAACCUCGCGUCGAACAACUUCUCCGGCGAGCUCCCGGCGGCCUACGGCGGCGGGUUCCCGUCGCUCGCCGUGCUCAACCUGAUACAGAACCUCAUCUCCGGCGCGUUCCCGGGGUUCCUGGCCAACGUCUCCACGCUCCAGGAGCUCCUGCUCGCCUACAACCCGUUCUCGCCGUCGCCAUUGCCGGACAACCUCGGCGACCUCGCGGCGCUGCGCGUGCUGUUCGCCGCCAACUGCUCCCUCACCGGUAACAUCCCUUCCUCCAUCGUGAAGCUUAACAACCUCAUCGACCUGGACCUCUCGAGCAACAACCUCUCCGGCGAGAUACCACCAAGCAUUGGGAACAUGAGUUCUUUGGUCCAGAUAGAGCUCUUCUCCAACCAGCUCUCCGGCAGGAUUCCGGCGGGGUUAGGUGGCCUCAAGAAGCUCCAGCAAUUGGACAUCUCGAUGAACCACAUCUCCGGCGAGAUACCGGAGGACAUGUUCACCGCGCCGAGCCUGGAAAGCGUGCACAUGUAUCAGAACAACCUGACCGGGCGAUUGCCGGCGACGCUCGCGGCGGCGCCGAGGCUGACCGAGCUGAUGAUCUUCGCCAACCAGGUCGAAGGCCCGUUCCCGCCGGAGUUCGGGAAGAACUGCCCGCUCGAGUCCCUGGACGUCUCGGACAACCGGAUGUCCGGCCCGAUUCCGGCGAUGCUGUGCGCCGGCGGGAUGCUGAGCCAGCUCCUGCUGCUGAACAACCAGUUCGAGGGCGCCAUUCCGGCGGAGCUGGGGAAAUGCAGGUCGCUGAUGAGGGUGCGGCUGCCUUACAAUCGGCUCUCCGGCCCGGUGCCGCCGGAAUUCUGGGGCUUGCCCCAUGUCUACCUGCUCGAGCUCCGCGGGAAUGCUCUUUCCGGCGAUGUCGGCACCACCAUUGGCCGUGCCGCCAACCUAUCCUACCUUAUCAUAGAGAACAAUCGAUUCACUGGUGUUCUCCCUGCUGAAUUGGGGAAUUUGACCAAAUUGGUAGAACUGUCAGCUUCGAACAACAGCUUCUCCGGGACAGUGCCAGCAUCAGUCACCUCUCUUCCACUACUUUUCCGGCUUGAUUUGAGCUACAAUUCCCUUUCCGGAGAGAUCCCGCGGGGUAUCGGGGAACUGAAGAACUUGACAAUGUUGAAUCUUUCAGACAACCACUUCAAUGGUAGUAUACCUGCAGAGCUUGGGGGUAUCCAUGAGAUGAGCGUGCUUGAUUUGUCGAACAAUGAGCUUUCUGGUGAGGUGCCUGCCCAAUUGCAGGAUCUGAAACUGGGUACUCUUAAUCUGUCCUAUAACAAGCUCACCGGGCAUCUUCCAAUCUCGUUUGAGACCGAUCAAUUCCGACAGAGCUUCUUGGGUAAUCCUGGCCUGUGCUAUGGGCUAUGUUCAAGUGAUGGUGAUUCCGAUUCCAACCGGCAUGUCCAAAUCCAGAUGGCUGUGUCCAUCCUCACUGUUGCUGCAGUCAUCCUACUCAUGAGUGUUGCCUGGUUCACUUACAAGUAUAGGCGCUAUAGUAAGCGCGCUGCCGAAGUUGAUAGCGAGAGUUUAGAAUGGGUGCUCACAUCCUUCCACAAGGUGGAGUUCAAUGAGAGGGACAUAGUGAAUAGCCUGACUGAGAACAAUUUGAUUGGCAAGGGUGCAUCAGGGACGGUGUACAAGGCUGUGGUCAGGCCUAGGGGUGAUACCUUGGCUGUGAAGAUGCUUUGGGCAAGUACCGCAGCGAGCAAGAAGAUCGACACCUUCGAGGCUGAGGUGGAAACAUUGAGCAAAGUCAGGCACAAGAACAUUGUCAAGCUUUUCUGUUGUCUUACAAACGAGGCCUGCCGGUUGCUUGUCUAUGAGUUCAUGCCUAAUGGCAGCCUGGGAGACUUCCUCCACAGUGCUAAAGCCGGCAUCCUGGAUUGGCCUACGAGGUACAAGAUUGCACUUGAUGCUGCUGAGGGCCUUAGCUACUUGCACCAUGACUGUGUUCCCGUGAUCAUCCAUCGAGAUGUGAAGUCAAACAACAUUUUGCUUGAUGCUGAUUUCCGUGCGAAGGUAGCAGAUUUUGGCGUUGCGAAGUAUAUUGAUGAUGGGCCGGCCACCAUGUCUGUCAUUGCUGGCUCUUGUGGAUACAUUGCUCCUGAGUAUGCCUACACUAUACGCAUAACCGAGAAGAGUGAUGUGUAUAGCUUUGGUGUGGUCAUGCUGGAGCUUGUCACCGGUAAGAGCCCCAUGUCAUCGGAUAUCGGCGACAAGGACCUGGUGGCGUGGGUGGCCACCAAUGUGGAGCAGAAUGGAGCAGAGUCAGUGCUAGAUCAGAAGAUUGCUGAACAGUUCCAGGAUGAGAUGUGCAGAGUUCUGAGGAUUGCACUGCUCUGUGUUAAACACCUCCCAAACAGCCGCCCAUCGAUGAGGCUUGUGGUGAAGUUCUUGCUUGACAUCAAGGGAGGGAACAAACCGAAGGCGAUGAAGGUGGCGGAGGCGCCCGUCGCAACAUGAUUCUGGGUAAAGAAUGGUUCAUACUAGUGGUAGUAUGUGCUCUUCUUGGAUCGUUGUGCUUAAAACCAUUGGAAUUAUAUCUGGUCCUAAGAAGUGCACACCAGAUAGCAGCUAGCUAGCUCUAAAACUUAGCAUUUUGGUAAACCUAAUAAGGUCAGAAAUGUAGUGGUGUUUUGCUCUUGAUGAAUGAAAUGUGACUGUUGCUAUCAAA